AUGGGCGAUAGCGUGCUUGAUCGCAAGUCCUCCACUGUCACCACUGAAAAAGAGCGCAGUAUUCGACUGAUCCGUUUGUUAUUGAAAUCGAUAUGUCUCUGGCCUUGCUCAAGCAACGCUUCAAUUGUUGACCGAGUUCUCUCGGAAUUUUCAAUAUGUACAUGUUUUUCUCUAUUACUCAUUACAACAUUAAGCUGCGGUUUAGCUCUUUUCGUUGAAGAACGUGAAAAUACGGAUUUGAUAAUGGUACACAUCGGUCCAUUCUUUUGCUACAUCAUGACAGUCAUGAAGUAUAUUUGCUUGGUGCUGCACGUCAACGACAUACGCAUUUGCAUAAAUUGCAUGGAGCUUGACUGGAAUACCGUGAGAAGCAUCGGCGAUCACGAAGUGAUGCUGAGGAAUGCCAAGAUCGGUCGCAUCAUGGCAACGUUUCUCACUACGUUCAUGCACAGCGCCGUACAAUUCUAUAGCGUCACCAGGUGUCUCAUCAAGAACGUCGUGGAAGUGAAUAAUGUCAAUAUUUCGGUUCGCGAGUUGCCCUAUCCAUUCUACCAUGAAAUUCUAGACGUGCGCUUCAGUCCUGCGUAUGAGGUGGUGUUGGUUAUGCAUAGCGUAUCAGCCUUUGUCAUGUGUGGUGUCACCAGCGUCAACUGUGGUUUGAUGGUGAUCUUCGUAAUGCACGCGUGUGGGCAACUCAAGAUCCUAACAAUGUGCAUCCAGUUGAGCCGUUGGUUUUUGAGAUCAAUCGGCGCGUGGCCUCUGGCUCUUUGUGAAACCACCACGGAAAAAUUCGGUUGCGUGAUCUUGAUAAUAAACAGUUGCUUCCUGAUAGGUUUUCUCGUGCUCCCAUGCGUACUCAGCACUAUUCUGGUGGAUGCCGAUCUCGACAACAAACUCCGGAUGAUCGGUCCGCUCAUUUUCUUCCUGACGGCUGUGAUGAAACAUUACAUCCUCAUCGCCCGCAACGAGAAGAUCAGUGAGUGCAUUCGCCACGUCCACUCAGACUGGAAUCGCAUCAGAUUGGGCCACGAAAAGGAUCGAGAGAUUAUGUUUGACAAUGCCCGAUUCGGCAGGUGGUUGUCCAUCGUCAGCGCGGUCUUCAUGUACUCCGGUGGCUUGUUUUACACUGCUCUGAUGCCGUUAUUCUCAAGGAGAACUGAUAUCAUUGACAAUGUGACGGUGAAAUUGCAUGCAUUCCCGGUCUACCGAGGCUUGUUUGACCCACAGGAUAGUCCAUUGUUCGAGGUCGUGCAAUUCAUGCAAGCUCUGGCCGGUUAUGUCAUUUAUACGAUCACCAUCAGCGUUUGCAGCCUAGCCGCGGUGUUCGUCAUGCACGCUUGUGGACAAUUCCAAAUUCUCAUGCUAAAAAUGGAGGACCUUGCGGACGGUAAAGACAGAAAGAGCGCUAAUAACACACCUGAAAAAAGACUUGGCGAUAUCGUAAAGUGUCACAUUAGGAUACUCAGUUUUAUCACUUGCACUGAGGAACUUUUGAAUGAAAUUUGUCUUGUGGAUGUAAUUGGAUGCACGCUCAACAUAUGUUUCCUAGGAUUCAACUUGAUGACGUGUGUACAGAUUGGGAUAAAGUCUUACAUGAUAGACUGGUACCGUCUCCCGAGUAGAGGAGCGCUCGGUUUAACAUUAGUAAUGUCCAUGUCCAAUGCCACGAUCAAACUCACAGCUGGCAAAUUCAUGGAUUUAUCCUUGGCCAGUUUCUGUAGCCUUUGCCGUUGGGUCAUGAAACCGAUCGGCAUCUGGCACUUCGUUUACAACCGAUCAUCGCAAAACGAGAAGUUACUCUCGACCGCGCUCACCUUUAUGUGCGUUUCUAUGCUGUGCUUCGUGCUCGUGCCUUCCGGCCCAUACGUCCUUCUCCGCGAGAAGGAUAUUUACGUGAAGGUAAAACUUCUCGGUCCCAUCGGCUUCUGCCUGACUUCCGUGGUCAAGUACUGCUUCCUCGGUGCGCGUGGCACAGCGAUCAGCAGGUGCAUCGAGCACGUCGAAGACGAUUGGCGAGUCGUUUGGCACGAAGAUCAUCGCAGGAUGAUGCUGAAGAACGUGCUGAAGAGUCGCAAACUCAUCACGUUGUGCGUGCUUUUCCUUUACACCGCCGGGUUAUCCUGUCACAUUAUUAUACCAUUAUCUGCGAAAGUAAAGAUAAACGAUAGCUUUACAAUCAGACCGCUGGUGUAUCCUGGGUACGACCAGUACUUCGAUUCCCAGGCUAGUCCCGCUUAUGAGAUCGUCUUCUGUAUACACUGCUUGUGCUCUCUUAUCCAAUACAGCAUCACGACGUCAGCGUGUAGCUUAGCUGCGAUUUUCGCAACUCAUGCGUGCGGGCAAGUGCAGAUAUUGACAACAUUGUUGGAUGACUUAGUUGAUGGAAAGAGAAGCGACGAGAACACCACUGUGGAAAAACGCUUGAAGGUGAUAGCGAGGCAUCAUGUGCGAGUGCUGAGCAAAAUUGGUUCAGCCGCAUAUGAAGUUAAUUGGUACGAUUUACCUGGACAUAAAGCUUUCGUUCUCGUAAUGAUUAUUACGAUAUCACACUAUCCACCGAAACUUACGGCUGGCAAGUUCUUCGAAUUAUCCCUCAAUACUUUCAGUUCUGCACCUACACGCAAUCCUGGAAUCAUUAUUCCCCGCGCUUGCGUCGCGAACGUUGUCGGGACAACCGGUCGCGUGUUUCAGUCGGCGUUGCACACCACGAGCGGCAGUAUGCACAAUCGAUCCCGACAUCCAGAACGGAUUCAGCAGAUCCACAAUGUACACCACAAAAACGACAUACACUAUACUAUGCAGCUGUGCCGUUGGAUCCUGAAACCAAUUGGCAUCUGGCACUUUGUCUACAGCCACUCAUCGCAAAACGAGAAGUUGUUCUCGACCACACUCAUCUUCAUGUGUGUUUCUAUUCUGUGCUUUGUGCUCGUGCCUUCCGGUCCAUAUGUCCUCCGCGAGAAGGAUAUUUACGUGAAGGUAAAACUCUUCGGUCCCAUCGGUUUCUGUCUGACUUCCGCGGUCAAGUAUUGCUUCCUCGGUGCGCGCGGCACGGCGAUCGGCAGGUGCAUUGAGCACGUCGAAGACGAUUGGCGUGUCGUACGGCAUGAGAAUCACCGCAAGAUGAUGCUAAAAAAUGUUUUGAUCAGUCGCAAACUCACCACACUGUGCGUGCUUUUCCUUUACACCGGCGGGUUAUCCUAUCAUACCAUCAUGCCGCUAUCUGCGAAAAUAAAGAUGAACGACAGCUUCACGAUCAGACGACUAGUGUAUCCUGGGUACGACCAGUACUUCGAUUCCCAGGCUAGUCCCGCUUACGAAAUCGUCUUUUGCAUACACUGCCUGUGCUCUCUUAUCCAAUAUAGCAUCACGUCGGCAGCGUGUAGCUUGGCCGCGAUUUUCGCAACUCACGCGUGCGGGCAAGUACAAAUAUUAACGACGUUGUUGGAUGAUCUGGUCGAUGGAAAGAGAAGCGACGAGAAUACUACUGUGGAAAAACGUCUGAAAGUGAUAGCAAGGCAUCAUGUACGAGUGCUGAGAUUUACAGCUGACGUGGAAGAAGUGUUGCGCGAAAUAUGCUUAAUGGAACUGGUAGCUGCAACUUUGAUCAUAUGUUUGCUCGAGUACUAUUGUAUGAUGGAAUGGAAAAAUAGCGACACCAUUGCCAUUGUUACAUACUUCAUUUUAUUGGUAUCCUUAACUUUCAAUAUUCUAAUAUUUUGUUAUAUUGGCGAGCUUUUGGUGGAAGAGUAUAGCAAAAUUGGUUCAGCCGCGUAUGAAAUUAAUUGGUACGAUUUACCUGGACAUAAAGCUCUCGUUCUUGUAAUGAUUAUUAUGAUAUCACACUAUCCACCAAAACUUACGGCUGGCAAAUUCUGCGAUUUAUCUCUCAAUACUUUUGGCGUCGUACUUAAAACGUCCGUAGUAUAUUUGAAUUUACUUCGAACAGUUACAGAAUAG